UGUUAACCACUGAGUCGUAUAGAAGACCAAUCAAACAUACGAACACAGUGAGCGUGGGCCAAAGUAAUAGCUGUGGAGAAGGAAACUAAAUUACGUUAACACGUACGGGUGUCUGAAAAAGAAAUAAUUGAAUGAAGUAUUUUGCAACAGCAAUUACUACUAGAUUUUUUACCUCUCGUCGGCAUGCGUCGUCCUUAAAUCAUUCUACUAUGGAAAGUCAACAUGAAUCAGUUAUUCGUGAAAUGGUUGAGGCAGUUUCUCAAGAAAUGGAAUUUUAUAGAGAAAUAAAAAGACGCAGACAAGCGAUAAGUAUAUGGGAGCCAAAAACUGAAUUAACUCGGCAGCAGGCAAUUGCAUUUGAAAACAGCAAUUGCGAUCUCUUUUUGAAACAAGCAGCCAAAGCCAUUCUAGAAGAAAUUCAAUAUAACAGAAAUCAACGAAGAAUAGGAAGAUAUUUUCUUUAUGGUCUAUUUGGUAUUAUUUUUAUUGCUGCCUCAAUAACAGCUGGCUUCAUUAUUUGGGAGAUGAACAAACCUCCUAAACGUAAAUAUGGACUUAAACAUUAAGGAGUAUAAGCGUCCGCAAUUUCCGGAAGUACCAAGCUAUUUUUCAAAGAGCAGCUGAUCAAGAUACAUUUUUGAUACUGAUAAUUAUUUUCUACAGUACAUGAAUAUUAAUAUUAUAUUUAAGCAAAAAAAACCUUCCAAAAGGAUUAUAACAUCGCGAGGAUUAUAUACUAAUUAUUACUAAUUAUUACUGUUUGUUAGUUGCAGAAAAUUAGAUUCUUCACUAAAAUUUGUUAUUUUUACUCUUUUAUAAUGGGUUAUGGACCUAAUUUUUAUAAGAUUUUUCAAGUGUUAAUACAUACUACGAAUUAUUGGGAUAAUUGAAUCGAAUAAAAUAAUAAAAGAAAUUACAGCUUCUGUCACCUAUGAAAUAAUAAUUGAGUUGUGAUUUACUACUGUCUUUUUUUUCUAAUAUACAUCUUAAUAAUAAAAUAAUCAACGAGUUUAUUGUAUUGUCCUUGCGCGUUAGUUCUUUGAUAUUCGAGUGCCGAUCCUAUACAACCGUAAAUUAUCUGACAUCCCUCUGCAAAUUAUCGAAAAAGAUCUGGAAUAGGAAAAAGAUAGAAACUUGAUUUUACGAUUAUAGAGAAGCAGGCAGAAGAUGAUAUACUUAUAUAUGAAACGGCUAUAGAAGUUUCACGAGAAAUAGAAUGUUACAACGAAUAUAAAAGACAUGGAUCAUUGACAUGUAAUUCCUUAAGUCCACCAAAUUUGAAAGGAGAAUUAAAUCCACAGUAGGAAAUUGCGUUCCAGCAUAGCACUUGUCACCCACUUCUGAAAGAGAUGGCUAAGAGCAUUUUAGAAGACAUUCAAUUUAAUAGGGAUCGAAGAAAAGUGAGAAAAAUUUCCGAAAUUUGUUUGAUUGCAAGAAUGAGUCCUUAUUCACAAUAUUGAAUUAUUUAUUUUGCAGGCUUUAAAUUAUUUUUUUUAUCUUUGUAUUACUUAUUGUUUUCGUUGCCAAUGAUUAUCGCGAUUGUUUGAGAAGAAAAUGAACGUUUUAAACGUAAUUACUGACCACAAUAUUAAUAAUAUUAACUUUAUCCGAUUUUUUGUAAAACCACGUACAUGCAGUUGGUGUAUUUUAUUAUUUAUUUUACAAUAACAUUGAAUAAUGUGCCUCACUGAUUAUUAAAACGUUAUAAUAUAUUCCAACAUAAAUGAAAACAAUAGCAACAGCAGUCCCAAAGAUUUUUCAAAACUAUUAAAAAAU